CCAGAUCCACGGUGAUGAAGAGCACCCAAACCCCGCGCCAUCACCUCCGUAACCCUCUGCUCGCCCUCCUAUUCCUCGCAGCAGCAGCAGCAGCCCAGAUCGCCAUGGCGGCCGAGCCGGAGCAGGCGGCCGCGGCGCAGGAGGCGACCGUGCACAUCGUCUACGUCGACCGUCCCGAGGACGCCGACCCCGAGGAGUUCCACAUCCGCACCCUCUCCCCCAUCCUCGGCAGCGAGGAGAAGGCCAGGGACACGGUGCUCUACCACUACAAGCACGCCGCCAGCGGCUUCUCUGCGAAGCUCACCGUCGAGCAGGUCGAGGACCUCAAGAGUGAGUGCCCCCUUCCUUCCACUUCAUGGAGUUCCAGUUAUGCUUGCCUCCGAUGUACUGAACUCUUAGUGUGGAAUUUAGUUGCACCUGCAUAA